AUGGCAGCCACCGCCCGCAAAGAUGCGACCCAGUGGGCGCCAGCCGUCAGCGACAGCGCCCUAGAAACCGGCCCCGAUAAGGACCAGGCCGACCAGGUCCUCGAGACGCUGGGAUACACCCCCGAGCUCUCGCGCAACCGCUCGACCUGGAACGUUGUGUUUAUGUCCUUUAUCCUCGCCUCCGUCCCGUAUGGCCUAUCGACCACCUUUUUCUACGCCCUCGCAGGUGGAGGGCCGACCAACAUUGUUUGGGGCUGGGUCCUCGUAUCGUUGAUCAUCCUCUGCGUAGCUGCCUCCCUCGCCGAAAUUACCUCAGUCUUCCCGACCGCCGGUGGUGUUUAUUACCAGACCUUUGUCCUCUCGCCCAUCUGGUGCCGCCGCAUCUCCUCAUGGGUCUGCGGAUGGGCCUACGUCGCAGGUCAGAUCAUGAUCACGCUCGCGGUGAACUUUGGAACCACCCAGUUCUUCAUCGCCUGCCUGAACGUCUUUGAGGACUCCAACGGCGUCGGCAUCACCGAGACCUGGGAGGCCUGGCAUACCUAUGUGAUUUUCCUCGCCGUCACCCUGCUCUGCCAUGCGAUCCCGGCCUUUGCGAAUAAGUGGCUCCCGUUGCUGGAGUCCUUUGCCAUUUUCUGGACCCUUGCUGGUGUAAUCGCCAUGGACAUUUGUCUCCUGGUCAUCGCCAAGGGCGGCCGCAACAAUGCCAAGUGGGUGUUUGGCCACUUUGAGCCCCAGACCGGGUGGCCCGAUGGCUGGUCCUUUUGUAUUGGUCUCUUGCAAGCUGCCUACGCGACGUCUUCCACCGGAAUGAUUAUCACUAUGUGCGAGGAAGUCCGCCAGCCCGCCGUCCAGGUCCCCAAGGCCAUGGUCGGAACCAUCGUCAUCAACCUGAUCGCCGGCCUCGUCUUCCUCAUCCCUGUCUGCUUCGUUAUGCACGACCUGGAAGACCUUGCUGCCCUCGCCUCCGGCCAGCCCGUGCCCGCAAUCUUCAAAGCCGCGAUCGGGAACCAGGUCGGAACAUUCCUCCUCCUGCUCCCGCUCCUCAUCCUCGGCUUCAUAUGCGGUAUCGGAUGUGUCACGGCUACCUCGCGAUGCACGUGGGCGUUUGCUCGUGACGGCGCCAUUCCUGGAUCGCAGUGGUGGCGGACCGUCAACAAGAAGCUCGAUGUUCCGCUCAACGCGAUGAUGCUUGGCAUGGUCGUUGAGCUUCUCUUUGGUUUGAUCUACUUUGGGUCCACGGCUGCGUACAACGCCUUCUCCGGUGUCGGUGUCAUCCUCCUAACCCUCAGCUACGCCUGCCCGAUCGCCGUUUCUCUCCUCCUCCGCGGCCGUGAAGAUAUCCGCCAUGGUAGCUUCGACCUCGGCAUGCUCGGUGCGAUCUGCAACGUCGUUGCACUCGCAUGGACCGUCCUCGCAAUCCCCCUCUUCAGCAUGCCCAGCUACAUGGAAGUAACCGUCGAGACGAUGAACUACGCCUCCGUCGUCUUCGUCGGCUUCGUCGCCAUGUCCGCGCUGUGGUACUGGGUCUGGGGCCACAAGAACUACGUCGGUCCGCCGACGGAUGCGAUUGAUCCCGAGGUUGAGCAUGAUCAUCUUGCUACGGGUACUGCUGUCGGUGCCGGUCUGACUGAUAGACCAAAGAAUCUUUAG